AUGGCGUGCGGGACUGUGAAAUCGCAAGUGAGCUAUCUCAAGAGGCUUCCACUGUACCAGAAAGAGAAACCGUUUCAAUUGUUUAUUCCCAUAGACAAAGAGGCUCUGGACCAGCGGACAACUAAUCUUGAUUUCGAAACGAAGGAGCGUACCUUUGUGGACGUCAGGGACACAGCGUACAGUUGUUCGUUGGACGUUGAUGGAUUCCAACUCCAGAGCUACCCAACAAAGCUUGAUUUACCAUCUUUUCUAGACCGAAGCAUUGUCGAGUCCCAGUAUUUCUCUGAAGUGGAAGAGAUCUUGAAGAACAUCGAGGGCGGAUACGACAAGCUGUUCAUUUUUGACUGGAGGAUACGAAGCUCUGCUACGCCAAGAAUGGGCAACGAAUUUGACAUGAACGAUCUUACAACUUGGCUCCGACCUUCACCAACUGUUCACGUUGGCUGGGCAAUGCUGAUUACAUCUCCCAAACGACAUGGCGAGCCUGUUACAGGGAAGAGUCCGAGUGGUCAAGUAGAAUUCCCCACAGCAAUAUGCGUUUGCCUCUUGCUGAUUGACUACAGUGUCUGGCGUCCGCUGGAGCACGUCGUGGAAGACUAUCCGCUUGCCUUUUGUGACCCAGAAAGCAUAUCAGCCGACGACUUGGUAGAGUGCGACCAUGUCCGAAGGAAGUUCAAGGGAGCGACCUUGUACGCGCAUUUCAAUGACACACACAAAUGGUCUUACAUAGGCAAUCAUCGGCCAGACGAAGUGCUCUUGAUGAAAAUGUUUGAUUCCGACACCUCGGUGAAGGCCAGAAGACUGGCGCACGCUUCCUUUCGCCAUCCCGCCAUCACAGAACACUCGAAGCCACGAAAAAGUAUCGAAGUCCGUGCUCUUGUCUUCAACUUUCCUGGCACAGGAACCUUCAAGUGCGCCUGA